AUGGCAGGAGACCCCAUGAAGCGCAACCAAAACCUGUAUUGUCAAUACUACCAAGAACUAGGGCAUACCAUUGAGGACUGCAGAAACUUGAAGAAACACCUGGACCAUUUGGUCCAAGAAGGAAAAUUAAGUCACCUCUUACAUCACUCCAGUGGCCGACAAGGACAGGCAAGUACUGAGGCAUGGAGGGACACCUCCUUGAGACUGCCCAUAGGCAAGAUAAAUGUCAUUCUCGCCGCCCCCGAAAGGAUCGGAUCUUGUCCUUCCAGAGUAAUGUCUGUAGCUCAGCUUCCCACCGAACAUGAUGAUCGAGAGUCUAAAAAAGCCAAGAAGAUAGCAUCACUCGUAUUGGGCUUCUCGGACGAUGACAAGGUUGGAACCACCCAACCCUACGAUGAUGCUCUGGUCGUCACACUCAGGAUUGGAAGAUAUGAUGUGAGGAGAGUGCUGGUGGAUCAGGGUAGUGUAGUGGAAGUAAUGUACCCCGACCUAUAUAGGGGGCUAAAUUUUAAAUCUGAAGACCUAACAGUGUAUGAUUCCCCUUUAGUGAGUUUCGAAGGGAAAAUUGUUACACCAAGGGGCCAGAUCAGACUGCCCAUUCAAACUGGCUCGGACAUGGUGGAGGUGGAUUUUAUUGUGGUCGAUGCCUAUUCGCCUUACACAGCUAUAGUGGCCAGACCAUGGCUCCAUACCCUAGGGGCCGUUUCUUCUACAUUUCACCAAAAGAAAAAUGUGGACGUGUUUGCAUGGGAUGCCUACGAGGCCCCAGGGAUUGAUCCAAGCUUCAUCUGCCACCACCUAAACGUUAACCCAUUCAUCAUUCCCAAAAAGCAACUACCUCGACGCCCGUCAAAAGAGCAUGCCAACGUUAUCAAAGAUGAAGUAACAAAGCUCAAAAAAGUAGGGGCUAUCAAAGAAGUCUUCUACCCCGAGUGGUUAGCCAAUAUAGUAGUGGUAAAGAAGAAUAGUGGGAAGUGGCGAAUUUGCAUCGAAUUCAUAGACUUGAAUCGGGCAUGCCCAAAAGACCCAUUCCCAAUGCCUCAGAUAGACCAGUUAAUGGACGCAACUGUAGGCCAUCCUCGAAUAAGCUUCUUGGAUGCCUUUCAGGGUUAUUAUCAAAUGCCACUAGCCUCGGGUGAUCAAGAAAAAAUGGCAUUUGUGACUCCUAUUGGAAACUACCACUACAAAGUGAUGAAUUUCGGUUUGAAGAAUGCAGGGUCUACCUACCAAAGGAUGAUGACUAGAAUAUUUGAGCCACAGCUAGGCAAGAGUAUUGAAGUCUAUAUAGAUGACAUGGUAGUAAAGAGUAAAGUGGUGUUAGAGCAUGUGCGAGAUCUUGGAGUCAUUUUUGACACCUUAAGAAAACACAAACUGCAUCUUAAUGCCUUUAAGUGCUCAUUUGGUGUCGAAUCUGGCAAAUUUUUGGGCUAUAUGGUAACUCACAGGGGAAUUGAGGUGAGCCCAGAUCAGAUCAAAGCGAUUCACAAUUUGCAAGCUCCUCUGGAAUGA